AUGGAACCCCGCCAUUUCCGCCGCCCCCUGUUGCCUCUCCUCCUCGCCGUCCUCCUCGGCUACAGGCGAGCCGGCGCGCAGGCCGACGGCAACUACACCGUCCCCGCGCGCUUCGCCUGCAACGUCCCGGCGCCGUGCGACACGUACGUCGUGUACCGGACGCAGUCCCUGGGUUACCUGGACCUCGGCAGCAUCUCGGACCUCUUCGGCACGAGCCGGGCGCGGAUCGCCAGCGCCAACCACCUGGACCUGGCCUCCGAGGACGGCGUGCUGCUGCCGGGCCAGCCGCUGCUCGUGCCCGUCAGGUGCGGCUGCACGGGCAACCUUUCCUUCGCCAACGUCACGUACCCCAUCCGGCCCGGCGACAUCUUCUACAACCUCGCCAUCACCUCCUACGAGAACCUCACCGAGCACAACCUCAUCCACGAAAUGAACCCGGCGGCGGUGAUCAACAAUCUGCAGAUCGGGCAGGAGGUCACGGUGCCCCUCUUCUGCCGGUGCCCGACUCGUGCUGAGCGGACCCGUGGGGUGCAGAGCCUCAUCACCUACGUGUGGCAACAAGAUGACAACAUGUCAGAGGUGAGCAAGCUCAUGAACACCACCGUGGACGACAUCGCCGAGGCGAACAACGUCACUAGCAGCUUCGCCUCCGUCAUGGGGCCGCCGAUGUUGAUCCCAGUUCGGCAGCGGCCGCAGCUUCCGCCGCUGCUCUACGCUGCUAGUGCAGGCAAUGACAAGUCCAGGUCGCGCCGUCGGGGUAUCAUCAUAGGCGCCACCGUCUCAGGGUCUCUCGUGGCGCUCGCCGCCUUGUGCGUGGCGUUCCUGGCGCACCGAAGGUACCGCAAGAAGGCGUCGGUGCGCCUGGGUUCACGAUUCGUGAGCCCCAAGCUUUCGUGGGCCAAGAACCAGUACGGUCUCGAGAGCAGCAAUUCCUUCGCACACAUGAUCAAAGGAGGGGACAAUAAGCUGCUCACCGGCGUGUCACAGUUCAUCGACAAGCCUAUCAUCUUCGUGGAAGAGGAGAUCAUGGAGGCGACGAUGAACCUGGACGAGCGGUGCAGGAUCGGGAGCUCGUACUACCGGGCCAAGCUUGACGGGGACUUGUUCGCGGUGAAGCCGGCGAAGGGCGACGUGUCGGCGGAGCUGAGGAUGAUGCAGAUGGUCAACCACGCCAACCUGAUCAGGCUCGCCGGUAUAUCCAUCGGCGCCGACGGGGACUACGCGUUCCUGGUGUACGAGUUCGCCGAGAAAGGCUCACUCGACAGGUGGCUGUACCAGAAGCCGCCGCCGUCCGCGCUGCCAUCGUCGUCGCACACCGUGGCGACGCUCUCGUGGGCCCAGAGGCUGAGCAUCGCGCUGGACGUCGCCAACGGCCUGCUCUACAUGCACGAGCACACGCAGCCGAGCAUGGUGCACGGCGACAUCCGCGCGCGGAACAUCCUCCUGACGGCCGAUUUCAGGGCCAAGAUCUCGAGCUUCUCCCUGGCCAAGCCCGCCACGGACGACGCCGCCGCGACGAACUCCGACGUGUUCGCCUUCGGGCUGCUGCUCCUGGAGCUCCUGUCGGGCAGGAGAGCGAUGGAGGCGCGCGUCGGCUCGGAGAUCGGCAUGCUGUGGAGGGAGAUCCGCGCCGUGCUGGAGGCCGCCGGCGACAAGAGGGAGGCGAAGCUGCGGAAGUGGAUGGACCCCGCCCUGGGAAGCGAGUACCAGGUCGACGCGGCUCUUAGCCUGGCCGGCAUGGCGAGGGCCUGCACCGAGGAGGACGCGGCGCGGCGGCCGAAGAUGGCUGAGGUCGUGUUCAGCCUCUCGGUGCUGGCGCAGCCGGUGUCAGUGGCCGACGCGUUCGAGAAGCUGUGGCAGCCCAGCUCGGAGGACAACAUCCGGAUCGCAGGUUCGGUGGCAGCUCGAUAAUAAGAUCAGAACAGAGCUUCGUUUAACAGAGUAAUUUUGUAGUUAGUUUCUUGACUUUCAAUUUGUACUGUAACUAGUUUACUACUUCUUCUCUUUCAAUGUGUAUGAAUUAUACAAUAUCUUGUUUCACUUGUAUACUAGUGAUAUUUUGCAUUGUA